AGGGGGAGGAGGAGGAAGAGGAGGAGGAGGAGGAGGGGUGUCGUGGGGGGGGCGGAGUGGUUGGGGCCGGCGGCGGCCGCCGCGGCGGCGGGGUCAGUUCUCUUUAGUGUUUGCCGAUGUUGGAGGUGUCCCCGAGGCGUCCCUGGGAAGCAGCGAUAGACAAUGGCACAAGUUAAGAUGCAGACUACAGCAAACCUGUCCGGACCUACCAUGUCCCCUAUGGUGCUACCCCUCCCAGUAACAACUACAAACACGCUGGGUCUGCCACCUGCCAUGAAUGGAUCCAUUUCGGAACCGGCUGCCAGUUGUAGCAGUCCUACUGCUGGCCCCGUGGAUCCUGCUCCCGCUAGCAACUCACCAGCUCCUCUCCAAGAUAACAUGGCAAACCCCAAAGAGAAAACUCCAAUGUGUCUGGUAAAUGAGUUAGCCCGUUUCAAUAGAAUUCAACCCCAGUAUAAGCUUCUGAAUGAACGAGGGCCUGCUCAUGCCAAGAUGUUCACAGUGCAACUGACUCUUGGAGAACAGACAUGGGAAGCUGAAGGAAGCAGUAUUAAAAAGGCCCAACAUGCUGCUGCUAGCAAAGCAUUGAAUGAAACUACCCUUCCCAAGCCAACUCCUAGACCACCCAAAAAUAAUGUUAACAAUAAUCCAGGCAGUAUAACUCCAACAGUAGAGCUGAAUGGUCUGGCUAUGAAAAGAGGAGAGCCUGCCAUCUACAGGCCGUUAGAUCCAAAGCCAAUCCCCAAUUAUAGAGCAAAUUACAAUUUUCGGGGCAUGUACAAUCAGAGGUAUCACUGCCCAGUGCCUAAAAUAUUCUAUGUCCAGUUAACUGUUGGCAACAGUGAGUUUUUUGGUGAAGGAAAGACUCGUCAAGCUGCUAGACAUAAUGCUGCAAUGAAGGCCCUUCAAGCUCUCCAGAAUGAGCCUAUUCCAGAAAAAUUACCUCAGAAUGGAGAAACGGGAAAAGAAACAGAAGAAGAUAAAGAUGCAAACAAGUCUGAGAUAAGUGUAGUGUUUGAAAUUGCUUUGAAGCGCAAUAUACCCGUCAGUUUUGAGGUGAUUAAAGAAAGUGGACCUCCUCACAUGAAGAGCUUUGUUACACGAGUUACAGUAGGUGAAUUCACUGCAGAAGGAGAAGGGAACAGUAAGAAACUCUCAAAGAAACGUGCUGCAAUGGCUGUCCUACAAGAACUUAAGAAGCUUCCUCCUCUUCCUGUUAUUGAAAAGCCAAAACUUUACUUUAAAAAACGUCCAAAAACAAUAUUAAAGACUGGACCAGAAUAUGGUCAAGGAAUGAAUCCCAUCAGUCGUCUGGCUCAGAUCCAACAGGCCAAAAAGGAGAAAGAGCCAGAAUAUGUUCUUCUUUCAGAGAGAGGAAUGCCUCGCCGUCGAGAAUUUGUUAUGCAGGUAAAAGUAGGCAACGAGAUUACUACGGGGACAGGCCCAAACAAGAAAAUAGCUAAAAGAAAUGCAGCAGAAGCAAUGUUGCUACAGCUGGGUUACAAAGCCUCUACCCCUCUUCAAGACCAGCCAGAAAAGCUUGGAGAAAACAAGAGUUGGAACGGACAGAAUGUUGGGUUUCCUGAGCCAACAAGUAACACACCAAAGGGAAUACUCCAUCUCUCUCCUGAUGUUUACCAAGAGAUGGAAGCAAGCCGCAACAAAUCAGCCCCUGGUACCACUGUAAGCUAUUUGUCGUCCAAAGAAAUGAGCCAGACUUCUAGCUCUUUCUUCAGCAUAUCUCCUACAACAAAUAGCACAGCUACGAUUGCCAGGGAACUUCUCAUGAAUGGAACAUCCCCAACUGCCGAAGCCAUAGGUCUAAAAGGAAUAUCUCCUGCUUCCCCCUGUCCUGCAGUGCAGCCUUCAAAACAGCUGGAGUAUUUGGCAAGGAUUCAAGGCUUUCAGGUACACUACAGUGAUAGACAAAAUGGCAAAGAGUGUAUGACCUGUUUGACACUGUCUCCUGUGCAGAUGACUUUCCAAGGUAUCGGAAGCUCCAUUGAAGCCAGCCAUGACCAGUAAUGGAGAGCUGGGGUAAAUCAGACAACUUCGACAGACGUAUUCCAUUCAGUCCUCAUUUCAUCCAGCAACUUGUUUAUGCUGUCCUAAAGCUGCUCAGUUUUUCUUUCAGUAAAGAUCACCUUUUAAAAUUUACUUAUAUCUCAACUACAAUAUUUAGACAUUUCCAUGAAUAUAAGGUGGUCCCUGUCAAAUUGGUAACAACUACAUUCUGGGCUACCAGCCAGCUUGGCCUUUGUCUUAGCAUUUAUUUAGGCUAGAGCAUGAUAUGUAAACAGAAAACGACUUUGUAAGCAAAAAGCACAUUUAAGCCAUCUAAAUAAUUAUAUAUUUAAGAAGUCUAAAAGAAAAAGUGUUACUGAGCCUGCAAAGUCAAGCACCUAGAAAUUAGGAAAUUCCAGAUUAUUUGUAGCACUAGUUUGAUCCCAAGUGUACCCAUUCAGUGCUCCAAACAGGACAUUCACCUGGGAGGAAAUAAAUUGCAUAAAAACAUGUAGCUAAAGAUUAUAGCACAGCUUGUACACAAAUGAGUAGAAUUAAGUCUGUUUGGGCCAUUCUGAAGCUAUAAUUUCCUAAUCUUUAUUCAGCUUGCUGUUUAAUGUUCCUUCAUCCUUUCUUUUAGUUAUGUAAUUUUCCACACAGUUCUUAAAAAGGAGAGAAAAAUGUUUUAUUAUUGCAUAAUGGGUUGGUUGUUGCAUUACUGAACCCACAUUACUUGUGCAAAGAUUUAAUCUGAACUGGGAACAGAAGAAAAUAAUCAUCUAAAAGUCAACUGGCUACUCUUUGGUCACAAAACAGAUCCACACAGAGGUCAGCAGACACAAAGUUCUGCUUGUCCCCUUUCUAACUAUGAAAGGCAUUCCACUUCUAGGGGAAGAAGGAUGCUACUGACUGUUUAUGUUUGAUAAGAGGAAUGGCAAGACUACGUUGAAGCAUUAUUUGUCAUCACCUAAAUAAAUACAGAAAAAUGAAUCAUUAGCAAACAAAGUACAUCGAGUGUUUUUCAGGCACUGGAAUUAAUUAAUGAUGAAAUUAGAUCUCUUAAAGGACUGAUAAAAAAGAAAUAAAUCCCUUUCCUUUAUUCUUUCUGUGUGAUUUAGUAUGAUUUUGCUCUUUUUUUUUUUUUUUUUUUACUACAACUUCCCUGGAGGCAGGUUUGUAUGAUACCCUUAUUCUUACAAAAAUAGAAAGCAGAACUGCUGUACCUUUGUUAAGCUGAAUUGUCCUCAUUUUGAAGUUUCAAAUGCAAUAAAUGCAGGGUAGCCAUAUAGUGCUGUAAAACUGGAAACUCUUCUUGAGUCACCUGUUAAUUCCACAUCAUCUCUUCUGCACUGUAUAGUAAAUAUGACAGGCUAGUCACCUGAACACCUCUAAUUUCAGUGGAGGUGUGCUGAUUUGUGUCAGCUAUGAGGCCUGACAUAGUUUGACUUCAGGAUUUGUCUACCUCUGUGCUUAUGAAGAUAAUUUUUCUUGUGUUCAUUCUAAAAUAUAAAUUCUAUAAAUUCUGGUAGUGAUUUUUGGGGGGUUGCUUGUUUUUAAGGGACAGACUGGCUGGCUAAGACUCUGGAAUAGUGUCUUUGUGGGAAAGUGGUAGAAUCUGUUGUGUGAAUGCAUCUAAUAAAACAGCUCUACACCAGAAUUGUCACCGUGUUGUGGCAGAAGGACUACAACUGACCAAAUACCUUGAUUUAAA